CACCAAGACAAUGCACCAGCCCAUUCUGCCUUGUCUGUGAAAGCGUUCCUCGCAAAAUACGGCAUCACCGUGUUGGAACAUCCACCGUACUCGCCCGACUUUGCCUCCUGUGACUUUUUUCUAUUUCCUAAGGUCAAGUCGGCGCUAAAGGGGACAAGAUUUGGAAUUGUGGAAAAGGUUAAAGCAAAAGCGACGGAGGUUCUUAACCGGCUGACAGAAGAGGACUUCCAGUACUGCUUUCAACAAUGAAAACGUCGUAUGGAGCGGUGUAGGGAUCGCCAAGGGGAGUACAUUGAAGGCGAAAAAACCUCUGCUGUAAUUGGUGAUGAAUAAAAAGUGUUAUGACUUCAGACCGGUUAUUUAAUAACCACACCUCGUACCUUGAUUGAGUAAUCGUUUCUAUUCUACCUGCAGUAAGUCUCUUGCGUUCUCGGCUGGCUGCUGAUAUAAAGGCUGAGAAGAAGUACCAACUGUUAAAUCAAAUAAUACGCACUAUUGUAACAUCGGUGGUAGUGAUGAUAUAAGACGUUUGUCUGUAAUUUGAAGAAGCAGUCGUUGCGGGAGCUAAACAGAUUAGCGAAAUCGGUGAAAACACCGACGUUGAAGCGUAUCAUUGAUGAUUCCAUAGUUGGACCUGUGGCCGCAAGAGCUCUUACAAGAGUUUUGGGAGGACACGAACUCACAAUCAGUCCAACUCCAUCGCUCCGACACUCAUUCGCACUUUGAAUGUUCGUUAGAUUACCAAGUUAUAAAUACUUUGACAUAUAAUUACCUCUGGUUCUGGGGAAUUUCAACGAUUAGUAACCCUGGUCGCUCCUCUCAUCGAUAAUGUAGGAGGAAAACAACAAUCACCGCAUGGUGAGCUCGGUGCAUGCCGUUUUGUCGGAGGAAGAAUGUUUGUCAUGGCUGAUCCAGUUGUCAACGUGAAACAAGGAUUGCUCCGCGGUGCCGAGGUGGAGAAUGAAUUCGGAGGGUCCUUUAUAUCUUUCAAAGGAGUUCCUUACGCCGCACCUCCGGUCGGAGAUCUCAGAUUCAAGGAACCUCAGCCUCUGCAGCCAUGGACAGGGAUACGACAUGCUUUGGCAGAAGGAAACCAAUGCCCACAGCGCGACGAGUGUUCUCGUCAAAUUGAGGGAGAUGACGAUUGUCUUUACUUGAACAUCGCAACUCCCUCAUUAGAGGGUUCACGACCGGUGAUGGUCUGGAUUCAUGGUGGAGGUUUCAUAUGGGGUGACGGUGGUUCAAAUCUUUACGGUCCGAACCGUUUGGUGAAGAUGAAUGUCGUCGUCGUGAGCAUGAACUACAGACUUGGUGUUUUUGGUUUUCUGCAUCUCGACCACGAGGUGGCGCCUGGAAACCUUGGAAUGAAGGAUCAAGUCGCAGGGCUCAAAUGGGUGCGAGAAAACAUCGGGAAAUUUGGCGGGGAUCCAAAGAAUAUUACGAUCUUUGGACACAGUGCUGGAGGCUCAUCUGUUCAUUAUCACCUGCUCUCACCCCUCUCCAAAGGUCUUUUUGAAAAGGCGAUUGCACAUAGUGGCGUGGCUUUCAAUCCCUGGGCCAGUGUUUCCAAGACUGUCGAGUUAGCGCACCGACUUGUUAAACACCUUGGGAAGGACACCAAGGAUCCGCAUAAGAUUGUCGAAUUUCUUCGCACCAUUCCAGCCCUCGAACUUGCUAAAGCUCAGGAGGAUAUCCGAACUCCGGAAGAAAUAUCAUUAAGCAUUGCCACCUUUGGAGUCUGCGUUGAUGACAAAAGUUCGGAACCAUUUCUUCCACGUUCUGCACGCGAAAUUCCGGCUGAUGGUUGUUACGAUGUGCCGCUCAUGCUCGGCUACGUCAGUCACGAAGGGCUCGACUGUACCGUAGGUCUAACGGAUGAAGUGUACGCCAAUGGUGACCAAUAUUUUGAGACUAGAGUAUCUCACCGUCUCUGCAGAUUGCAUCUAUCGAAGGUCCCGAUCGCCAUCAAAGAGAUCAAAAAAUUUUACUUCAAGGAUAAACCAUUUAACGCAGAGGUGAUUGAGGACUACAUCCGGUACACCGGGGACAUUGAGUACCUUGUUGGCAUUCACGAUCUAGUUGAAAAUCGAAGCGAAGCAAAAUCUCCAACGUACUUGUAUCGGUUCUUCCAUAACCCGCCCCGAAAACUUUCCACAACACAUUUCGUCGAGAAAGACAUCGAAGGUGUCGCGCAUGGUGAUGAGCUUCCAUUUAUCUUCUACCCGGCCCAUUUUCGUCAUAUAAACUUCAUUGAGCCGGGUUCAACGGAGGAGUUGAUCUCGAAAAGAUUUCUCAGAAUGUGGACUGACUUUGCGAGGACUGGAAAUCCAACUCCCAAACUCGACGACCUAAUCAACGCAAAAUGGGAACCGGUUACAACUGCCGCAAAAAAUUAUAUGGCUAUUGGGGCGGAAAUUAUCCCAGGAGUAAAUCCUGACCAGGACUCCAUACAGUUCUGGAAACGUCUCCGUGAGACUUACAAAUAGUAGUAACGUUUCAGUUGUACCGUUUCUUAUACCAUUUAUAUCAACUAUGGGCAAAGCCGUGAAUUAUAUAAAGAUA